AUGCGCUACAUUUAUCUGGACCACAAUGCCACAACGCCUGUGCUGCCCGACGUGCUCGAGGCGAUGCUGCCCUAUCAACGCGAGGCUUUCGGCAACCCGUCAAGCGUGCACCAUUACGGCCGGCGGGCGCGGGUGGCCGUCGAUGACGCCCGCGACGCGGUCGCCGAAGUGCUGGGAGCGCCCGCGUCGUCGGUCAUUUUCAGCAGUGGCGGCACCGAGGCCAACAACACCAUCAUCAAGGGCGUGGCGCAGGCGCGCCGCGAGCACGGCCGCCAUCUGGUCACCUCGCAGAUCGAGCAUCCCGCCGUCCUCGACGCCUGCGCCGCUCUCGAACGGCAAGGCUAUGAGGUCACGUACGUACCGGUGGACGAACGCGGGCUCGUCGAUCCGCAGGCGGUGCGCGACAGCCUGACCGAUCAGACCAUUCUGGUAUCUAUCAUGGUUGCCAACAACGAAGUCGGCACGUUGCAGCCCAUCGCCGAUAUUGCCUGUCUGGUGCGCGAACGCGGCAUUCUGAUGCACACCGACGCGGUUCAGGCAUUCGGCAAAGUGCCGCUGUCGGUGGACCAUCUGGGGGUGGAUUUUCUUUCCUUUUCCGGGCACAAGAUAUACGCCACGAAAGGAAUUGGGGGCUGGUACGAGCGUUCGCCGGCGGUGUUGCAACCGCUCCUGCACGGCGGCCAUCAGGAGCGCGGGCGGCGUUCCGGCACCGAGAACGUCCCCGGUAUCGCCGCGUUGGGCAAGGCUUGCGCCAUCGCUACCGGCGACAUGGCGGCCGAGGACGAACGCCAGCGGCAGCUUCAGCAGCGCUUGGAACACGGUAUCCGGGAACGCAUUGGCGAUGUACGCAUUCAGGGCGAGGACGCGCCGCGGCUGUCGGGCACCUCGAACGUCGCUUUUGCCGGGGCGGAGGGCGAGGCGCUGAUGAUGAGCCUCGAUCUGCAAGGGGUGGCCAUUUCGACUGGUUCGGCGUGCAGUUCCGGCUCGCUGGAGCCGUCGCACGUGCUGCGGGCCAUGCGCGUGCCGCGACUCUAUUUGCACGGGGCGUUGCGGUUCAGCCUGGGGCGCGCCACCACGGCGGACGACGUCGAUUACGUCCUUGACAUCCUGCCGGACAUCGUGGCACAAGCCCGCAGCGUGUGA